CGGAGAGAAAAAGGCAUGCAGGAUUAUGUAAACUUUUACACUUCUUACUAAUUUAGCAAAACUCAAAUAUGCUUUCCUGGACACGUCUUUCUUCGUUGUCGCAGAGAAUAGGAUUGCGAUACGCGAAGACUUUAACUAGGGCAUCUAAAAAUACGAAAAAAUCAAAAGAGGAUAAGAAUAAGAACAACACUUGUUCAGAGGUAAAACCACCUCCUGAUUACAUCCAAACCCGACUAGAUUUGUGGAAUAAAUGGAAGGAGUCCUACAAUAAUUGGUUGGCAGCUCAACCAAGUGUAGAUAUUACAAUUACGUUGCCUGAUGGUAAAGAAGUAAAAGGUCAAUCAUGGCGCACAACUCCCUAUGAGAUUGCUAAAGGAAUCAGUCAGGGACUGGCUGAUAACACUGUGAUAUCCAAGGUGAAUGAUGAAUUGUGGGAUAUCGAACGCCCACUGGAAAAAGAUUGCACCAUCAAGUUUUUAAAAUUUGAUGAUGAUGAAGGGAAACAAGUAUUUUGGCAUUCCAGUGCACAUAUUCUUGGAGAGGCCAUGGAACUGAAAUAUGGUGGACACCUUUGUUAUGGACCACCAAUUGAGGGAGGAUUUUAUUAUGACAUGUUCAUUGACGAUGGGCAAGUAUCGAGUAAUGAUUAUAACGCCAUUGAAACUGCUGUCAAGUCAAUAGUGAAAGAGAAGCAACCUUUUGAAAGAUUAGAGGUGAAGAAAGAAGAUCUUUUAGAGAUGUUUAAGUAUAACAAAUUCAAGCAGAGAAUUCUGAAUGAGAAAGUCACCACGCCAACAACUACGAUAUAUCGAUGUGGGUCUCUGAUUGACUUGUGUCGCGGGCCUCACAUAAGGCACACUGGUAAAGUGAAAGCUCUUGCUGUUACCAAGAAUUCCUCCACUUAUUGGGAAGGUAAGGCUGAGGCUGAAUCUUUAAACAGGAUAUAUGGUAUAUCCUUCCCAGAACCAAAACAAAUGAAGGAAUGGAAACAUUUGCAAGAGGAAGCAGCAAAGAGAGACCAUCGUAAGAUAGGCCGGGAACAAGAACUGUUUUUCUUUCAUGAACAAAGUCCAGGAAGUUGCUUUUUCCUACCAAAAGGGGCCCACAUUUACAAUAAACUUAUUGAAUUUAUUAAAGUAGGUGAGAAUAUGUUCUCAUUUCAAUCUGAGAAAGAAACAUUUGCUCUGAAACCAAUGAACUGCCCUGGCCAUUGUUUGAUGUUUGAUCAUCGACCAAGAUCAUGGAAAGAACUACCACUCAGGCUUGCCGAUUUUGGUGUCCUUCAUCGAAAUGAACUGUCUGGAGCUUUGAGUGGCCUAACGAGAGUCAGGAGGUUUCAACAAGAUGAUGCCCAUAUAUUUUGCCGACAGGAUCAGAUAAAAGAAGAAAUCAGUGGUUGUUUAGACUUCUUGAAGAAUAUUUAUGGUAUAUUUGGGUUUAUGUUUAACCUAAAACUAUCCACCCGACCUGAGAAGUAUAUGGGAGCGCUGGAGAUGUGGAAUGAAGCUGAGAAGGUAAGAAGCCACAUUUUAGGAUUUUGUUUCAUUGACAUCACAAUCUUGGAUGCGUUACAGCGGCCGCACCAAUGUGCUACUAUCCAGCUUGACUUUCAGUUACCUCUUCGAUUCAAUCUCUCUUAUAUCAGUGGAGAAGGUGGUGACAAGAAAACGCCUGUGAUUGUCCAUCGUGCUAUUUUUGGUUCUGUUGAGAGAAUGAUUGCUAUCCUUUGUGAAAACUAUGCCGGGAAAUGGCCUUUCUGGCUUUCUCCACGCCAGUCCAUUGUUGUUCCUGUUGCCCCACCAUUUGAUGAUUAUGCUCAACUCGUGAGCAAACAAAUUCAUGAUGCUGGGUUUAUAUGUGAUGUAGAUUUAGAUCCUGGUACUACCAUGAACAAGAAAAUCCGCAAUGCUCAGUUGGCUCAAUAUAAUUUCAUAUUUGUUGUUGGUGAGAAAGAGGUGCAGAAUCUAACUACUAAUGUACGUACCCGAGAUAACAAGGUCCAUGGUGAACAUAGCAUUGUCAACAUCAUUGAACGUUUCAAGGAUCUGAACCAGAGUAAAAUACUUGAUGCUGAAGAAAAAUUCUAGAUCAAUAAAUCAAUAUGUACACCUGUUUUUUUUUUCCUUCACGAUUGCCAAGUUUUGGAAUGGCUCUUUGGUACCAUUCCUUAAUUGAUGUGCCUCUGUUAAACUAUACUCACUGCUUACUGUUUCAUUAUAAAUUCUUCUGGUGGUGCCAUUCUCUAUAUGUCUCCCUUUAUAUAUACAUAUAUGUAUGUAUGUAUGUAUGUAUGUGUGUGUGCAUAUAUAUAUAUAUAUAUAUAUAUAUAUAUAUAUAUAUAGAUACAAAUAUCUACAUAUAUAAAUAUAUGCAAAUAUAUAUGUAUGGAUAUACACACACGCACACACACACUUUAGUCUAUGUACAAGAGCGUUUGGUCAAUAAAAUUCUCUAAAACAUU